AUGGGCUCCAGUCAGAGUGCACGUAAGCUCACAAUCGAUAACGAAGAAGGAAUUAUUCAGAUAUCAACAGAUUUAGUCGAACGAUUGGCACGGAAUAGUAAAGACAAAAGUGUAUCAGCUGAUGCUGCCGGUGACGUAAAGUCAUCAAAAUCACCUAGGACUGAUAGUGCUUCUUCUCAGCAAAGUUAUGCCGAUGACAAUUUAAAGUCGAGUCCCAAAGCCGCUCCGAGUGUUAUUCCUCCUGUUCCUGCUCCUGUAACACCAAUGCGUAGUCUACCUACUCGCAAAGAGAGCUUGCCAAAAUCGGAAUAUUCAGGUCAACUGUACUCCGAUUACACUCUGACAGCCAUGAAAGUAUUACAUCAAAAAGAAGAUGAACUUCAAGCUCAGGAUCACUACUGGAGAGAACGCUUACAAAAAAUUCACGGGCAGUAUGAAAAAAUAAACAGGGUUUUUCAGGAUGAGUAUAAUCGUGCUAAGGAACAAAUUGCAAAUGCUCCAGGCAAUAAAAAUGUUAACAUUGACAUAACAGUUGCGCCGUGUAGUGAUAAAAAGAAAAAAGUACUUGAAUGUUACCAAGAGAAUCCCCGUCAGAUACUGAAAUGUGCGAGUGUUGUUGAAGAGUUUAGCAGUUGCGUGGACAAAUGUCGAGCUAAUAUUAUUGCUGCUCGAUGCUAA